UUCUCGCGUCCUCGCUUGUGCCUUUAAAGACAUGAAUGGAAACAGUGCAACUUCAGCAAAGACAUUUUAAAUUACCAAUAACAUAAAUAUGUGUUAAGUGUCACAAGUUUAAGUGUUGUGAAAUACAUCCAGCAUAAUGGGUUCUAAAAUCGAGUACGUGGAUUCGUCACAUUUGUACGCGACAAACUAUGUCAGAAAUUCGAAAGCUAUUGGUGUACUUUGGGCGAUUUUUACAAUCUGCUACGCGAUAAUCAGCGUUGUGGCGUUUGUUACUCCAGAGUGGAUCGGUGAUUUAGAGACUGAAUACCCAAGGAAAUUUGGCCUCUGGCAAGUUUGCAGAACAGAUGAUGCAUUGGAAGACUGUAAAGGGAGGCUGGACGACUUUUUCUCAAUAAAUGGGCUUGUCUUUAAGAUAGCGACCGCCCUCGUGGGAAUAGCAGUCGCAGCAGCCCUGUUUACCAUCUGCACCAUGUUACUCUUCUUUUUCUGUCAAUCGACCACCGUGUUCCACAUCUGUGGAUGGCUGCAACUUUUGUCUGCGGCGUGCAUGAUCGCGGGGGUUUGCGUGUACCCCGCCGCGUGGGGAGAACCAGCUGUUCAGGAGACCUGCGGACCCACUGCCGACCAGUACAAUAUAGGUCGCUGUCACAUCCGCUGGGCGUAUCUCCUAGCUGUGAUCGGCUGUCUGGACGGGAUAGUGCUCGCUGCACUUGCCUUCAUACUCGCUACGCGCCACGUGAGGCUCCAACCUGACAGCCAUUAUCCACCUCCCUCUCUCUAUAAAGGUGAAGUCAACAAUGCCUACGUAACGGACGCAGCAUCUGUAGCCUCCCGCAAGUCACUCGCCCUACAACCCGUGUUACUCGUCCCACACGCUAGAGCGAGGGAUUUGGACAGCUACUCACACUACUCGCAACGCUCCAAGCAUGGAUAUGCCAACACCAUGCACAACUACCAGCUGUAAUAGGCCCUAUAACAACUAUCUCGGAAUUUAACAAUACCUACGUAACCGACGCGUCCGUGGCCUCCCACAAGUCACCCUCCAGCCCGUGCUACUCGUCCCACACGCUAGAGCGAGGGAUGUGGACAGCUACUCACACUACUCGCAACGCUCCAAGCAUGAUAUGCCAACACCAUGCACAACUACCAGCUGUAAUAGGCCCUAUAACAACUAUCUCGGAAUUUAACAAUACCUACGUAACCGACGCGUCCGUGGCCUCCCACAAGUCACCCUCCAGCCCGUGCUACUCGUCCCACACGCUAGAGCAAGGGAUUUGGACAGCUACUCACACUACUCGCAACGCUCCAAGCAUGGAUAUGCCAACACCAUGCACAACUACCAGCUGUAAUAGACCCUAUAACUCAAACAACUAUCUCGGAGUUUAACAACACCUACGUAAGCGACGCGUCCGUGGCCUCCCACAAGUCACCCUCCAGCCCGUGCUACUCGUCCCACACGCUAGAGCGAGAGAUCUGGAAAGCAAGCACUACUCACAGCGCUCUAAUCACGGCUUACGCCAAUACCAUGACAACUACCAGCCGGCAUUUUUAUCAUUUGUCUUAUCAUUAUACUAACUCUUUGUACAUGUCUAUUACCCGAGUCCAAACUUCACGCUCUUUAUUGUCUAUUGUGACACGCGCACUCCGCGCGGUUGUCACCAAUGAACUGACUGGAAUUGCUCCAAUCGUACCACACAUGCGGCUACCUAGCAGGGCGGACAAACUAGGGAGCGAGGAAGGUCUUGCGCUCCUGCUGCAGACCCAAUCUAAAAAUUGCCUCUGCUUGCCUUUACACAUAACAAUUAAGGAGGCAAUUAACUGUCCAAUUCCAAUAUUGCCCCUGCGAUGCAAUAUGGUGUGUGAGUAGCCGGCUUAACACGUGACAGGCAUGAUGACAGAUGGUAAAAAACCGACCAUCUUAGCCCUAUAGCUGUAAGUCUUCCUACUAACUAAGCAGCUCUCGGAUCUGAACGUCCCAAGUAUUGAUAAACCAAUCUUUCACCUAUCUAUUAUUAUACAGAAAAAAGUACCUAAGCAUAAAGUGCUCACUCGGAGGUAUGGUAAAGCGUAUUGAUAAGAUAAUAAGUUUGAACUUUGAUUAAACUGUACUUAAAUCUUAUUAUAAAUAAGUUUUCGCAAAGCUAGCUUAAAACUUCUUAUAAAUAGGUUUUUAUCUUUGUAUGGAGUGGGCACUCUAUGCUUUUUUUUAUUUCUCUAUGCUAUUUACCUUGAGCAAUCCGGAUUUAAUAUGACCUCACGGAUCACGCAGCGCAGCGCCACCUAUUUUACGAAUAGAGACUAAAAACUUCACGCGUCGCCCGACAGAUGGCGCUUUUAUAACUAUAUGUAAUUAUUUUUCUUAAUGUAGGUGAAAGUGAGUUUUAUUAAAAUUGUACAUUAAAUAGACAAUAUUGUAUUUUUAAAAUGGUGAUAGCUUCCAUUGGCAAAGAUUUUGCAAUGAUUGAAUUUAUUUAUGAAGAAUACAUGGCGACAUUGGCGACUGGCACGCCAUCUAGUUUCACGUGAUGUUAUUUUUAUGAAGUAAUAUUUUGUUAGUACUCAAGACUCUGUUAUUGUACUUAUUAUUUUUAAUUAAGUUUUACAGAUAUUGUGUAGUGAUAUGAUAAUGAAUUAAUGUACAUAGUUUUAUAAAAUAGCAACAAUUCGUCCAUCGUAUAAAAGUACAAAAAAUGUCCGCCAAAAGAGUUUAGUUUUGAAUAUUUUUUAUUGUUAAUGCAUAAUAUGAAUAUUUUUAUAAAACUUUGAAAUUUACGGAUUUAAAGAUGGACAAGUUGUUUAGCAUGUAUUACCGUCCAAUAUAAAUAAUAAAUAUAAUACCUAAUAAAUUAAUUUUAACGUAACAACGAACUUACAACGAAUGCAUUUGGUUCAUAAAAUGCAUAUUUUUUUUAAUGUAUAUUAAAAUAAGUAAAUAAAGUAAGAUAAUUUUAA